CUUGUGAUAGUGAGACCUCCCUCUUGAUUCAGAACCAAAGAAUGAGACAGGUUGUGCAAAAAGCAAACACACUCAGAUCCUGUUCUGACCCUGCCACACACAACACUCACACUGGUCACGUCACCAAGAAACUUCUUUCACUUUUGACUUGUCUUGUGAUCACAGCUGCACUUCCCGUGAGAGAAUGAAGCUUCAUUCAGCAGUUUAGAUUUUAAUUCUGGCUUCUGCUUCAUAGUUCAUGUCUGUCCUCCAGUAUUUCGGGUGCUGCUGUGCAGCUGGCAGUGAGGAAGAGAGCACCCCUUUUGCACGAGAAACAAGAAGCCAAAAGGCAAUCAAAACUUUUAACAAAGGUGACAAAUUAGUUAUGAAGCAUGUUAAUGUGCCAAGUAUCGAUAACCAGUUUGCAGAGAUUGGUAAUCUCUACAAUGAUCAAGUGGAGCACCAUGAGACCAUGACCCACUGUAUCUCUGAUCUGGCAAAUAUCAGUCACUCGUCUACCGACCUUGUCACCUGUAUACAGAGGCUGCAAGAAAAAUAUUAUGACUAUGAUCUUAAGGUUCUGAUGGAAGGGUACAAUUUCUCUCUUCUGGUGAAAACAGAAAAUGAAGUUCCAGAAGACUUAAAUCAAGCACAAGAGAUAAUUAAAAAGUUGAGUCGAGCAUCCAAGCUUCUCAUCAGUAACCAAACCAGACUGGGGCAGAUGAUGUUCACAGUUCUACAGUUACAAAAUAAGGUUGAUAUGAAAAGCAGUAUAACUGAGGCCAACACUGUUUACUUGGACCAAGUUCGUCUAAAUGAAAACCUGGAAGAGAAUCUACAAAAAACAGACAAAGCCAGACAACUGUCUAAAGAAUAUGAAGAAGAAGCCAAUAAAGUUAUUAGAGAAUUAGCUAAGAUUUCUGGAGCUGCAUUUUGAAAUAGUCAAUCCUCUUUCCUUGACCAUGAUUUUGCAAGAUAUAACAACAAACUAUAACAAAUAACCACAAACAUAGCAACUUAUAACAUUUAGAUGGUUUUACAAGACAGAGAACUCUAUUUGGUGCAGUAUGUGAAAGUAAACCAGUGUAUGUUGCGCAUCAAUAAAAGAAACCACAACAUUGGGAACUUAUAGUGAUAUCCUUAUAGUGAUAUAGUGAUAUCACUUAUAAAAUAUGAGCCUGCUCAAAUAUAGUAGAUGCAAUGCCACUGGUUUUAAUAAUAUCGAAAAACUGUCAUCAACAAUUUCAAGCUUGUGUUUGUAUCACAUUUUGCUCUGAGAUUAGGUACAACACUUCUAAGCACUAAAUAUGACUAAUGAAAAUGACUAUAUAUUAUAUAACUAAUAAUGGGCCAGAUUCAAUUCAGUGAAAACAUGAAAACUCAUGGACGAGAUUCAAUUUGACAUUCAAUUUAAUUUAGAAAGAAAUGAUCCCACAGUUUAUCAUGUGAAAACUCUAAAAAAAAUAGAAUUGAAUUAGGAGAAAAAUUGAUCCUCCUCCUUGAGUUCAUGUGAUAAACCAUGAGAACUUUUUCUCGCUAAAUUGAAUCUGGGCCAAUGUCUGCAUCCAAAAAUGUUGUCCAGAGCAAAUGGUUGAGCAUCUAACAUUUUAUACAAUAAGCAGCCCUUACACAAAGUUUCUUUUACCCAUGCCUACGACCAUGAUGGUCUCUUAUAUUAUAUCUUAUAAUUAUAUUACUAAAAGUUACAAGUUAAUAAUCUGGCCUUACAAGGUAUGCCAGACAAUGGGUCACAUUGAGCUUAUCUGGCCAUCCUGUCCCAGAGAAAAGAGCCAUAUAUAUAUUAAGUCAUAUUAGAGUUAAGACCACUGUGCCUGAUGGGAUUUUUCAGUUUUCCCAAUAAUGAUUUAAGGAAGCCCCUGUUGGAUAUCACUUGAUGGAGCCAUUUAUACAGAGCUUCAGUAUCAUCAAGGUGUAGUACAUUCAAUUAUUUUAUGUAUUGUACCAAAAUCCUCAGAUGCAUGAUCACACUGUAGAAAACAGCAAACAAAAUAGAAACCAUUUUCCAGCUAUAGGGUACAUUGCUGUAGGCAACGAUCAAGGGAGCUGGAAAAAGUGUUUUGUUAAUAAAGGUACAUUAGCAUGACAGAUUCUGACCUCAAGUUUAGACUUUUACAAAACAUUUACAAAUGAUGCUGGUCAGGGAAUAGUCAAUCGAUGGUUUAAAAAUGUCAGUGACUGUAUUAAGGCACUAACAGGCCAUCAGAAACCCAUUUAUAUGUUUAGAGAGCAAUACAAAUGUGGGGAUCAUUGUGACUUUACAAAGAGCCUGAGCUUGAGGUUGCUGGAAUCACUUGGUGCUCUGUGAAGAAGGAGCAAAAGUCUCUGGAUGCUGCUGCAAAGUUGAAUGCAAUUAAUGUUGAUGAAGAGUGUGGUACUUUAUAAUGCUAAGUUAGGUAUAAUAUCAUGUUUUGUCAUAUGUCUGAUAAAGGGGAGGGUUGUAUCCUGUUCAACAAUCUUCUCAAUUUGCUGUUUGUCCUGUAUUUAGCUGCUA